GUCGCGCACGGGUCGAGCCGCGGGGUAUGAGCCGCGCGGGCCACCGUAGUCAGCUGUUGCGAGCAGGAAGUGUCCGAGGAGUGGGUGGAGACUGCACCAUGGCCCCGGACCCCUGGUUCUCCACCUAUGAUUCUACCUGCCAAACUGCACAAGAGAUUGCUGAGAAAAUUCAACAACGAAAUCAGUAUGAAAGAAAUGGUGAAAAUACAACCAAGCUUACCGUGACAAUCAGAGCUUUGUUGCAGAAACUGAAGGAAAAGAUCGCCCUUUUGAAGGACUUAUUGCUAAGAGCUGUGUCAACACAUCAGAUAACACAGCUGGAAGGAGACCGAAGACAAAACCUUUUGGAUGGUCUUGUAACUCGAGAGAGACUACUUCUGACAUCCUUUAAGAACGAGGGUGCAGAACCAGAUCUCAUCAGGUCCAGCCUGAUGACUGGAGGGGCCAAGCGAGGAGUACCCAACCCUUGGCUCUUCGAGGAGCCGGAGGAGACCAGAGGCUUGGGUUUUGAUGAAAUCCGGGAACAGCAGCAGCAAAUUAUCCAAGAACAGGACGCAGGCCUUGAUGCCCUUUCCUCGAUCAUAAGUCGCCAGAAACAAAUGGGGCAGGAAAUUGGGAAUGAACUGAAUGAACAAAAUGAGAUAAUUGAUGACCUUGCCAACCUGGUGGAGAAUACCGAUGAGAAACUUCGCACCGAAACCAGGCGUGUGAAUCUGGUGGACAGGAAGUCCACAUCUUGUGGGUGGGCCCUAAUCCAAUAUGACUGGAGUCCUCAUAAGAAGAGAUUAGGACAGAGACACCCACAGAGGGACGACCACGUGAAGACACAGCAAGAAGACGGCCGCCUACAAGCCCAGGAGAGAGGCCUCAGAGGAAACCAACCCUGACGACACCUUGAUCCAGUACUUCCAAACUCCAAAACUGGGAGAAAAUGAGUUUCUGUUGUUU